AGGCCUCAAGCCCUCCAGGAGGAUGCAAGGGUAGCCCGAUCCACCAAGCCUCGAUGUCCUGCAGACGGGGAGAUCUGUGGCGUGAAGCCUCGAUCAGAUCUUGCCAUGCAUUUGCGAUAUCGGCGGCGUGUGCUACGGCACUCUUGUCGCAUGCUUACUUCUUCGGCACGAUGCGAAGAACCGAAUCCGGCCAGCCUACGAUGGUUCAUAUCACCGCCCUCAAUGGAGACGCCGAUCAAUCGCGAUCCUGGUCAAAUAGCAUAAGCACUUGAGCAGGUAUGGUCCCGACUAUCUGCUUCACAGAUCCGGUGACGGCAAAGCAACCAGGCGGCUUUUCAGUUAGGACUUCAUUUCUUCGUCUACUCCUACCACAUUUCGUUUUGUCCUGUCUCUUGCUAUGGCAACGCGUUUAGCGCACGGUGGCAUAGGCCCUUACCUUCUCUACACAGAACACGUGGGCCCCCGAUGCGGUCAAGUAG